AUGGUGAACAUGAGCUUGAGCAUCCCAAUAAUCGAUAUGCAAAAGUUUCCAAAUGAAGAAGAGUACAAGAAGCUAAGAGAGACAUGUGAUGAAUGGGGAUGUUUUAGAGUGAUGAACCAUAGCUUACCAAAGAACUUAAUGGGGGAGAUGAAGAAGGUGGCAACAUAUUUGCAUGAUCGUCCAAGAGAGAUCAAGAAACGCAACGCCGAUGUUGCUAAGGGAAGUGGCUACACGUAUCUUCCUAUAAAUCCACUCUAUGAAAAUAUGGGUUUUCAUGACUUUGGAUCCUCUCUUGACAUCGAUUCUUUCUGCUUUCAAUUGGAAGCCUCCCCUCAUGACAAGAAAAUAAUAAAGGCAUAUGGGGAAGCAAUUCAAGAACUAGCAGUAGAUAUAGCUAGAAAGAUAAAGGAGUGUGUUGUGGGAUUAUCAGAAGUCGUGGAUUUUCAAGACUGGCGAUGA